AAACACUAAUAUUUGAGACGUUAUUAGCGAAAAAAAAAAAAAUUGACACACCAGACUAGUGGAUCGUGAAGCUGAACGUUUUUAUUACCCUACUAACUGUCUGUUUACAACUUCAUAAAACGAUUAAACUACUUUUAAACUGCCGUAAAUGUGAAAACCGAUAAAUUAUAUCAUUACCUGCGUUUGACUACAAAAUUCUUUAUUUAUACGUCGAUUUGUAAACAAUGACAGGUGCAAGUUUUUAGUUACUGUUCGAAAAAAUUGAUUACUCUAUUAGAAAAUUAAAUAUUUGGUAAGGAAGGAGGAGAAAGUUGUUUGGUUGGUUGAAACAUCGUUAUUUAAAGUGCCAAAUAUUUAAUUUUAGCCUGUCAGACAAUGAUUGAUGAGUUCGAAUCUAAUUCCCUAAUAAUUAAAAUUAUUCCACCUGCGUAAAACAAUUCAAUUUGUAAAUAAAAUCACUAAUAAAAAUAUUUUCUUUCUGUAGUUAUAAAACAACAAACGGUGAUUUAACAACCUUCCAUUACAAUCACGAUUAUGUACUCGCGAAUUAUGUAAAUUCGAAUUACGCCAAAGACAACAUAAUUCCAAUAUUUACGAGAAUUACUAAACUCUUGAAAUAGAAAAUCAUAAAACUAUAGAAAAACACUUCCGAUAAACUGGGAAAAGUCGACAUUGUUUCUAAUUUUAAUACCGGUGAAACUAGCUUGAUAAUAUUCUUGCGUCGUAAUAAGCGACAUUAUAAUACGUAUACGUUGUAACUGACCUCAUUAUCUACUUCUUUGUUAAUAAAAACAAUUUACAAGUAGAACUGAAAAACUAAAUCGCCACGACCACAAACAAACACGAGUAGUAUAAGCGAACAAUUAGUGCUAAUGAGGUCAUUAUCUAAUGACCGCUGCAACUUUCUCUUAAUGACCGCUACACUUUGGCCGCUACAAUUUUGCUAUAUGUCAUACAAUAUAUAAGACCAAAGAAAAUUUAGGAAAAUAUUCAGUGUUGUUCUCGUGUUUGUUCUUGAAGAAGACGUCUUGGUGUAUUGUGAAAUUAAGAUGCCUGGAAAACGUGUAUCUUCUAUGCCAUUGAAAAAAUCAUCUCCGAAGCGUUUUAAAGCCCCAGGUGAUGGUGGAUGUGUAGAAGAAGAGGAAAUUAGUGCUUCGCAAGUUCCAUCGGUUCCGAAGUCGUCUUUGUCAGCAUUUCCAGCUGCUUCACCACCACCACCACCACCAUCGCAAUCCAUAGAAUUAGCGAGAGUAUCUGAAAUAGGUCUUAGCCAAGCUGCAUCCCCCAAGUCGCCUCAGCCUAUCCACGCUGAAGAAGACAUCAUAACACCAGCUGAAUGGUCGGAUCCUGUGUUGGAGCGAUCGUUGAUGGAAAUGGCCGACAACAUCGAGAAAAAUGAAGCUGAGAGAAGUGAGAAAGAUGAAGCUGAGAGAACGGCUCGGAUGGUGAUCAAUGAGAAGUUUCGUUUAAUUCAUGAAGUGGUGUAUCCUAUAACUAAGUCUGGUAGCAAACUUUUAUCGAUUGGAGUAAAACCACUCCAUGAUUUUGUGCCGUUGUUGAAGAUACAUAAUCCAGAAUUAACAUCGGCGAUAAGUUUUUCUAUUGAAACCUUUGAAGAGUUUUUAAAAGAAAUGAGCAAGAUCUUUGAAUCAAGAGAGGAGGACGAAGAAGUAGAAGAAAUUAGUGUUCCAGAAGGUCAGAUGUUGUGUAUGCUAAGUGGCUACGUCGUGGUGGUUUGUAGAUAUAAUACUCUUCAAUUUAUACCUAGUCAACCCAGCGUGUACAAGGGCAUUUAUUUAUCAUUGAACACAAUUAAAACUGUCGUAAAUAUGGGCGAGCAUUUAUUGAAUCUGCUUCAUGCAAGAAGAAUUCAAUAUAAAUUCUAUCCAUGUUACGAUAGUUUUAUAAAUAAUGUUGCGCUUGAUGUUAUGGAGAAUGGAUGUAAAAAUUUAUCUCAAAAAUUGUAUGAUAUUAUUAAGAAUCGGUAUGAACAAAAUGCAACCUUGUAUGAGAUAGUUUUGAAACUGCCUGUGAAUGUAAAAACUGCUGUCGAAAAUAGAAUACAAUAUUAUAGGGAAAAUAAUGAUUAUAACUGUCUGUGAUAAUAAAUAAUUAAAUAAAAUGUA